CGGGCCGCCCCGCAUUUAUGGGGGCGCCGGCGCGCGCCGCGCACUCGGCGUCAUGCGUCUCCCGGGCGCGCUGCUGCUGUGCGCGCUGCCCCUGGCCGUGCUGGCCGGCCACGCCGGCGACUACGAGCUGCUCUACGUGGACCUGGACAACGAGAUCGACCACGGGCUCCCGCCCAGCGCGCCCCCCACGCCGUGCGACUGCGGCCGGGAGCCGUCGGCGUGGGACAAGCUGUUCGUGAUGCUGGAGGACUCGCAGAUGCGCCAGAGCAUGCUGCUGCAGGCCACUGAGCACGUCACGCGAGCCGAGCUGCCGCGGCUGCGGGCCGAGCUGGCGCGCCUAGCUGGCCACCUGGGCCCCGCCGACACCGCGCUGCCCGGCGCGCUGGCCGAGCUGCUGCAGGCCAGCCGGGACACGGGCCGCAGGCUGGCGCGCCUGGAGGCGGCGGGCGCGCUGGGCGCGGUGCUCGACGAGCUGCGGGCCGCACGCACCGACCUCCGCGCGCUGCAGGUCUCCGCGGCCCUCCGCAGGCUGCCCGAAGGCUGUGAGACAGCCAUCCUCUUCCCCAUGCGCUCCAGGAAGCUCUUCGGCAGCGUGCACCCGGCUGUCCCCCUGAAGCUCGAGGCCUUCAGUGCCUGCCUGUGGGUCAAGGCCACCGACGUGCUCAACAGAACCGUGCUCUUCUCUUACAGCACCCAGAGGAGCCCCCGCGAGCUGCAGCUCUACUUGGGGGCCGGGGCCCUGGAACUGCUGGUGGGUGGGGAGCAGGGCCGGCUUCGGGUCGAGAUCCACGUGGCCCCCGGCGCCUGGAGCCACGUGUGUGGCAGCUGGAGCUCGGCUCGGGGGCUGGGGGCCUUGUGGGUGAACGGAGCGUUGGUGGGCAGCGCGGAGGACCUGGCCCUGGGUCACGUGGUUCCCGCGGGCGGGCUGCUGCAGCUGGGUCAGGAGAGGAGCGGCGGCUCUGACUGGGGGCUCGCCUUCGCAGGCUGGCUCACGGGCUUCAACAUCUGGGACCGGGUCCUCAGCCCGGAGGAGAUCCAUGCGGCUGGGGGCACUGAGGCCUGCCACAUUCGGGGAAACGUGGUGGGCUGGGGCGUCACGGAGAUCCAGCUGCACGGAGGGGCCCAGUACGUGGCCUGA